AUUUCUUGCUCUUCAUUUAUUUCUCUUCAUUUCACUCCACAUUUUGGAUUUGGCACUGUUCUGCUUCUGUCUUCAUUUAGUGACGGAAGCAGAAAAAUUUGCCCUUUUCUUCAACAAAUUUCACAGAGAGAAAAGUUAAGAACAGGAGUUUAUCUAUCAAUCUUUCAGUUCUUGAGCUUGUUUUUGUAAUGUGCAUGAGUUUUUGAUAGAUUUAGGCCUGCUUCUUCUUCUUCUUCUUCUUCUUCUUCUCUUAGUUUUCUCUGCAAAAUAGUUGGGAGAAGGGAGGGUUUGAGGUGCUUACUGACAUUCCAGCUCUUUGCGUCCAUUGCCUUGCGUAUACCAGAAGCAAGAUAUAUUCUUGCUCUUUUGUCAAAGAACGUCCUUCAAAUCCUAUUCAGAUCUCAUGGGUUUCUUUUAAACCUAUAAACAAAUCACCAUAUACUCCUGUUUCCAGCUUCCCCAUCUCUUUUCUCCUUUGCUUGUGCUCUGUUUUCUCCUACCAUAACAGAACAAGGCACAAAAUGGAUCGGCUAACGGCAACUACAAUCAUUCCUGAUGCGUUUCAAGGUGCUAGAGAUGACAUAUCCAUGCAGUUUUUAAUAAUCUGGGAUCAGAUCAAAGCACCAUUGAUCGUUCCUCUGCUAAGACUGGCAGUUGCCAUUUGUUUGAUCAUGUCCUUGAUGCUGUUCAUAGAAAGGGUGUAUAUAGGCAUUGUCAUUAUUACAGUGAAGCUUUUCGGUCGAAAACCAGAGAGAUGCUACAAAUGGGAGCCCUUAAAAGAUGAUGUUGAGUUGGGCAACUCUGCUUAUCCAAUGGUUCUGGUUCAAAUCCCUAUGUAUAAUGAACGAGAGGUUUACCAGCUUUCCAUUGGAGCUGCAUGUGGACUCUCUUGGCCUUCUGAUCGUAUCAUAAUUCAAGUUCUUGACGAUUCAACAGACCCAGUUAUCAAGGACUUAGUGGAGCUAGAGUGCCAAAGAUGGGCAAGCAAAGGCAUAAACAUUAAGUACGAGAUUAGAGAUAAUAGAAAUGGUUAUAAAGCGGGGGCUUUAAAAGAAGGCAUGAAACGAAACUACGUGAAAAACUGCGACUACGUAGCCAUUUUCGACGCAGAUUUCCAGCCUGAGCCUGAUUUUCUAUGGCGAACCAUUCCUUUCCUUGUCCACAACCCAGAAUUGGCUCUGGUUCAAGCUCGUUGGAAAUUCGUGAAUUCUGAUGAGUGCUUGAUGACUAGAAUGCAAGAAAUGUCUUUGGAUUACCAUUUCACUGUUGAACAAGAAGUGGGCUCCUCUACAUAUGCCUUCUUUGGCUUCAAUGGGACGGCUGGGGUUUGGAGAAUUGGUGCACUUAAUGAAGCUGGUGGCUGGAAGGAUAGGACCACAGUGGAGGACAUGGACCUCGCCGUCCGAGCUAGUCUCAAAGGCUGGAAAUUCUUGUACCUUGGUACUCUUAAGGUGAAAAAUGAACUGCCUAGUACAUUGAAAGCUUACCGCUAUCAGCAGCAUCGGUGGUCUUGUGGUCCUGCUAAUCUCUUCAGGAAAAUGUUCAUGGAGAUUAUAACAAAUAAGAAAGUGACACUGUGGAAGAAGGUGCAUGUCAUCUACAGCUUCUUCUUGGUGAGGAAGAUCGUUGCUCAUAUUGUUACAUUUAUAUUCUACUGUGUCGUAUUGCCUGCAACUGUCUUGGUACCUGAAGUUGAAGUUCCAAAGUGGGGAGCUGUGUAUAUUCCUUCGAUUGUUACAAUUCUCAAUGCAGUUGGAACUCCAAGGUCACUCCACCUGUUGGUCUUCUGGAUCCUUUUUGAGAAUGCUAUGUCACUGCACAGGACUAAGGCUACCUUCAUUGGCUUGCUAGAAGCUGGCAGAGUUAAUGAAUGGAUUGUCACUGAGAAACUAGGAGAUGCUUUCAAAGCAAAAGCUGCCAAAGCACCUAAGAAACCCAGAUUUAAAUUCGGAGAAAGGCUCCACCUGUUAGAGCUUGGAACUGGAGCAUACCUAUUCUUCUGCGGCUGCUACGAUUUAGCUUUUGGGAAGAACCACUACUUCUUAUACCUGUAUGUGCAAGCAAUAGCCUUCUUCAUAAUGGGUUUUGGAUACAUAGGCACAUUUGUCCCCUAUUCUUAACGUGAAAGUCGGUGCAGUUGCUUAGGCAAAUUCUUCAGCUUAUGCCUAUGGAAAUGGUAUAUGACAUUUUAAAGUGAAAAUUUUUCUGGUAUUUAGCUUGUGUAAAAAGAAAAAACAAGGUCAUAUUCUUCUGGAGUAUAAAUAGUCAUCAGAGUGCAUGACUUGGAGAGCUUGGAGUUUCUCUUGUGAAUAUGCAAUUACGUUCAAGGAAACUAGAGAUCACAUUUGUAAUGUUGCUUUUGGGAUAGCAUUGCAUACAGAUUUAGAGGUUCAUAAGCAGAUGUUGAAGAAAGCAGCUUCUGGGUUUUAUUGGCCCUCAUGUCGUCAUGAUAGAUCAAACAUCUUCAAAUGGAUUGUAAUUGUGAGAUUUUUUUAGCUUUUUUUCAUUGUUUUGUUGUGAUUGGCAUUUGCUUUUAGAGGAAAUAAACUAAUAGAAAUGGGAUAAAUUUUACACUUAAA